AUGACCGCUUACCAUCAGUUGCUCUUCUUAGUCGUGCUUUUUAUUGUAAUUGUAAUCAAUCAAUGUGCACCGAUACCGACGGACGAUGAAGCUACAAUAUUAACAUACGAAUACACAAACGACGGAAGAGGCAACUAUGAUUACAGAUUUGAAACCUCGAACGGAAUAAUACGUAAGGAAACGGGCACACUAACCGAUGUGGGUCUCCCAACCGAACAUAUCCUCGUAAGAGGCUCGUAUUCGUACUAUAAUCCAGAGGGUAAAGUGGUCACUGUAUCCUAUACUGCAGAUGAGAAGGGAUAUAACAUUUUAACUAGCCCACCACCAUAUUCAUUUCCACCUGCACCAGUAUCUUCAGCUGUUCUCGCAACUCUGCUAGGCUGAUGAAUUAUCUACAUAUAUUUAUUUUUAAAUAUUGAAUUAAAGUAAUAAUUGGUUACUCCUUAUGAAUGGUAAUAGUUCUAAUAGAAUAAAUAAAAUCACUAAUAAGCAA